CGCGCGUACGCGAGACCCUUUCUCGUCUUCGGCUUCGUUCAGGCGCGUUUGGCGCUCUUUCGACGUCGCCGCCGCCGCCGCCGCGCGCACUCUCUCUGCCGUUGCUGCGUUCGAGGACCCGAAAGACAGACAGGGGCGAUAGACGGGCGGCCCGAAGGACGAACAGACCCAGACCGACGGACAGACGCCUCCUCGGACACGCGCGACACUCGGACCCGCCCAGGACAGAGAUGGCGAAAGCGGACCAGCGCUACGGCCAGCGAGACGGCUCGGACCAGAACUUCGACUACAUGUUCAAGCUGCUGAUCAUCGGCAACAGCAGCGUGGGCAAAACCUCCUUCCUGUUCCGCUACGCCGACGACUCCUUCAGCAACUCCUUCGUCAGCACCGUUGGCAUCGACUUCAAGGUCAAGACCGUCUACCGCAACGACAAGCGCAUCAAGCUGCAAAUAUGGGACACGGCGGGCCAGGAGCGCUACCGCACCAUCACCACGGCGUACUACCGAGGGGCCAUGGGCUUCAUCCUCAUGUAUGACAUCACCAACGAGGAGUCCUUCGGCGCCGUGCAGGACUGGGCCACGCAGAUCAAGACGUACUCGUGGGACAACGCCCAGGUCAUCAUGGUGGGCAACAAGUGCGACAUGGACGAGGAGCGAGCGGUCGCGCCCGAGAAGGGAAAACACCUGGCGGACCAACUCGGGUUCGAGUACUACGAGGCCAGCGCCAAGGAGAACGUCAACGUGCGGCAGGUGUUUGAGCGGCUGGUGGACAUCAUCUGCGUCAAGAUGUCGGAGCGCGUGGACGUGGAGGCGCCGGCGGCCCCCGGGACCAAGACCGCCAGACUGAGCGACAAACCGGCCGGCCAGCUCCCUCAGAAGUGCUGCUGAUAGGGCGCAAGCACCCCCGCCGCCGACCUCCGGCCCCACCAC